GAUUCACUUUUCAAUUUUGUUAAAAGUUGAACAAGAGCGAAGAUAAAUAGUAAUCCACUAAUCGCAGAGCAAAAAAUCCGUAAAACCUGAAUUUUGGAGAAUUAAUUUAAUAUUUUUUGGAAAGCAAAGAAGACACUAAAAACAUUAGAACGCUAGAAGAUUCAUCGAUAUGACGUCUUACAAAAGGGAAGUUACGACAGUACCCCUUGGCGAGAAGGUGGCCAUCAUGGGACAGUUUUAUAGCGGAAAGACCUGCCUCAACCAGCGAAUCAUACGAGGUGUUGAUUGGUGCGAUCGGGCUUACGAAGCUACCAUUGGGACAGCGUAUGGCACUAAAUUCAUGGAGGUCGGAGACUUCAAGAUCAAACUUGGAAUUUGGGACACGGCCGGCUCUGAGCGAUUUCUAGCAAUCUCUCGAAACUACUACAGAAACAGCGGGGCCAUCAUCGUCUGCUACGACAUCACUAGUCUAGAAAGUUACAAUAAGGCGGUUGAGUGGUGGAAGAAGUUACUCGAAGAGGAGAAGGACUCCUUACUGUAUCUGUGUGGCAACAAGAAAGAUUUGGUUCUCGGACCCGAGCUCAAGUACAACAGGAGAGUGGAUUUCCACGACGCCAGGGAGUUCGCUGAAGACUCUGGUGGCAAGUUCUUUGAAACAUCGAGCAAAACAGGGGAAGGUGUAGUGGAACUCAUGACCGAAAUAGCGAAAGACUUAAUAGAAAAGAAGAAGCGAUUAGGAGAGAUCGAACCAGACCGCUUGGUUUUGGAGCAUGAGCGUAUGAAGAUGAAGAAAGCCAACUGUUCUAAUUGCCUUAGAUAGCGACAUUUUAGUCAUUCACUCUUUCACUCGUUUUAUUUAUACUAUACAUAUAUACGGUCAUUUCUUUAUUUGUUCUUUACUUCAUUCAUUCAUUCGUUCGUUCAUUCAUUCAUCGUUCGUUCAUUCAUUCGUUCAUUCAAUCUUCCAUUCGUUCAUUUGCAUAUUUGCUGAUUUACGUAUUGAUUGAUUGAUUAUUCAUUCAUUCAUUCAUUCAUUCAUUCAUUCAUUCAUUCAUUCAUUCAUUCAUUUUUCAAUUCAUUUAUAUAUAUAUUAUUUAUUCAUAUGCAUAAUCAUAUGUGCCUUAUUAAGACUGUCAGAAAUGCAAUUAUUGAUGAAAAUCACAGCAUGUUCCGCCUUAGUUAGCUUCUUGUUUAGUUUUUCGCAUCGUAUGCCAUUAUACUCAGAACCAUGGCGCCCACACUCACCAAUAUUACGUUUGAAAGAAUACAUUAG